AGGACUUGCCACGCCCAUCAAGUCCCGUUCUUGAAACAAGCUCUCAAAAGAAGCACGUACUUGUCGAACUUAGAUACAGAAUGGAGAAAGAGGUGGACGUGUGGAUAGCGCAGUUGAGACAGUGUAAACAACUAGAGGAGAGCUCCAUCAAGUUACUCUGUGAAAAGGCCAGGGAGACAUUGUCUCAAGAGUCCAACGUUCAGAAUGUCAAAUCCCCUGUGACAGUGUGUGGUGAUGUACACGGUCAAUUUCAUGACCUCAUGGAGCUAUUCCGGAUUGGAGGGGACUCCCCAGACACCAACUACCUCUUCAUGGGAGACUACGUGGACAGGGGCUAUUAUUCUGUGGAGACUGUCACACUUCUAAUGGCUCUAAAGGUCCGCUUCCCUAACAGAAUCACUCUCCUCCGAGGUAAUCACGAGUGCAGACAGAUCACUCAAGUGUACGGGUUCUAUGACGAAUGUUUGAGGAAAUACGGCAACCCCAACGUGUGGAAAUACUUCACUGAUCUCUUUGACUACCUACCCCUAACAGCACUAGUGGAUGGACAGAUAUUUUGUCUCCAUGGUGGUCUGUCUCCCUCCAUUGACACACUGGACCACAUUAGAUCUCUCGAUCGACUGCAGGAGCUCCCUCAUGAG